AUGACAGCAAGACUUCUAAGAACACCCCUGGCUUUGCUCUUCCUUGGCUUCUUUGGGAUCCUGAAGGCGACAACAAUAUCGUGCAGAAACGAGGAAGGUGAAGCUGUGGAUUGGUUUACAUUUUAUAAGUUGCCUAAAAGGCAAGACAAGGAAAGUAGAGAGACUGGGGUAGAGUACCUAUACCUAGACUCUGCAACCAGAAGCUGGAGAAGGAGUAAGCAACUAAUGAAUACCACCAAGAGUGUUUUGGGAAGGACAUUACAACAGCUAUAUGAAGCAUAUGCUUCCGAGGAUAACAGCACAGCCUAUCUAAUAUACAAUGAUGGAGUCCCUAAAUCCAUGAAUUACAGCAGAAAGUAUGGACACACCAAAGGUUUACUUCUGUGGAACAGAAUCCAGGGGUUCUGGUUGAUUCAUUCCAUUCCCCAUUUUCCUCCAAUUCCUGAAGAAGGCUAUGAGUAUCCACCCACAGGGAGACGAAAUGGACAAACUGGCAUCUGCAUAACUUUCAAGUACAACCAGUAUGAAGCAAUAGAUUCUCAGCUCUUGGUCUGCAACCCAAACGUUUAUAGCUGUUCCAUCCCAGUAACCUUUCACCAGGAGCUCGUUCACAUGCCCCAGCUGUGUGCCAGAUCCAGCUCAUCAGAGAUCCCUGGCCGGCAUCUCACCACACUUCAGUCAGCCCAGGGACAAAAAUUCCUCCAUUUUGCAAAGUCUGAUUAUUUUCUUGACGACAUCUUUGCAGCCUGGAUGGCUCAACGGUUGAAGACUCACUUGCUAACAGAAACCUGGCAGAGAAAGAGACAAGAGCUUCCUUCAAACUGCUCCCUUCCUUACCAUGUCUACAAUGUCAAAGCAAUUAAGUUAUCUAGACAAUCUUAUUUCAGCUCUUAUCAGGAUCAUGCCAAAUGGUGUAUUUCCCAAAAGGGCACCAAAAAUCGCUGGACAUGUAUUGGAGACCUAAAUCGGAGCCCACACCAAGCCUUCAGAAGUGGAGGAUUCAUUUGUACCCAGAAUCAGCAUAUUUACCAAGCAUUCCAAGGAUUAGUUUUAUAUUAUGAGAACUGUAACUAA